UGCACGAGGAGCCUGCCUGUGUAGCCAAUGUGCGCGUUAUUCCGCUGUUUCAAAGUUAAGGUGACCAUCAGACCUCACAGGAUAUAUCGACAGACACAUGUUCGGGUUUAAUUCUGAACCAUAUGAGAGCCGUCUUGACUGACUCUGGCGCACAGGUCGCUUCUGAUGAACUGUGACUGACUGCAUGGAAUGUGAGGGAAAUUUGGUCGUGGACGGUCUGAAGUGACUCAUACUAAUUCACUGUGGAGCUGGACUGCACACCCGGACAUGAUGAGGAGGAGGAUCGUGGUGCCGCGGACGCAUUUCGGAGAGGAAACGCACUUGUGUUUUCAUCCUGCGCCAUGUAACUUUGGCACCGACAUGUAAACCAGAAUAAAGCGACAGUUUGGACUCGUUUGAUGUACAGGCAGUCUUUUCGUUAAAAAAAAAAAAAAAAAAUCUGGGGAAUCUUUUAUUCUGUUCAACAUAAGCACGUGCACUCAUCGCAAGGAUGCCUGGUGUCCUGGGUCUUUACAUUGGGAUGGAGGUGCUCAUCGCCCUUUCCUCUGUCAUUGGGAAUGUGAUGGUGGUCUGGGCUGUGAGAAUCAACCGAUCUCUACGGGACACGACCAUUUAUUUCAUCGUCAGUCUGGCUCUGGCGGACAUUGCUGUCGGGGCACUUGUCAUCCCUCUGGCCAUAACCAUAAGCAUCGGACUGAAGACUCAUUUUUACAGCUGUCUGCUCGUUGCAUGUACUGUACUGGUGCUAACGCAAAGUUCAAUACUCGCCCUCCUGGCUAUUGCUAUUGACCGCUAUCUGAGGGUCAAGAUACCAAUGAGCUAUAAAAGAGUGGUGACUCCAAAGCGUGCUGGCACCGCAGUGAUAGCAUGCUGGAUGGUGGCCAUCGUAGUUGGCCUGACGCCCAUGUUGGGUUGGAACAAUCUGGAGAAGCUACGCCAGAGCAACGGCACCUUGGGUGCUAACCUUCUCGUAACCUGUGAGUUUGAGAACGUCAUCAGUAUGGAGUACAUGGUCUACUUCAACUUCUUCGGAUGGGUGCUGCCACCGCUCAUCCUCAUGUUGCUCAUCUACGCUGAGAUCUUCUACAUGAUCCACAAGCAGCUCAACAAGAAGGUCACCGCCAACCAGACCGACCCCACUCGAUAUUACGGGAAAGAACUCAAGCUGGCGAAAUCUCUCGCACUGGUGCUCUUCUUGUUUGCAGUCAGCUGGUUGCCGCUGCAUAUCCUGAAUUGCAUCACUCUCUUCUGCCCUACUUGUGACAAUUCAAUGUGCCUUCUUUACGUGGCGAUCUUGCUCAGUCAUGGUAACUCCGCUGUCAAUCCCAUCGUUUAUGCAUUCCGCAUUAAGAAAUUCCGGAAUGCUUUCGUUAAGAUCUGGAAACAGUAUGUGUGUUGCACGGAGGAACCGCGUCUGGGCAAUCGGCCCAGCUUUCGCAUAGACAGCAAAGAGAGAAGACUGCGGGACAAUGACAUCUGAUGCUACGCUAACCAGGUCUCCUCCACGAGAAGCACUUUUUAAAGUAUGACAGUAUAGAUGAGUUUACAGGGAAAAUGCAGUCUGGGAUGUAUGCUGUCAGUCUUGAGAAUACGUUUUCCACAGAAAUGGAGACGAUCGAACAAUACUGGCAAUGUUUCCUUGAAAACCCGUUCAAUGGUGCAUAGAAUGAAUUGCAUCGUUAGUGAGGGACCAUUAAAUAAAUGAAAAUGGCCUGUUUUAGAGAAAUAGCCACACCGUACAACUGGCAUUGACAUCUAUGGGAAAAUCUUUAUUCGAUUAUGAUUUCCUUUUGUGCUGUGGUUCAUUCGAAUGUGGUCAUCACAUAAAGGGCUUCGUAUAAUGAAUGCAAAACUGCAGACUCGUAAAUGUCAGCGCUUAUGAGUACACUAAACUACACUCGUCUUUAGUCAGGAGCAUAAACAUGUCUGAGGACUUUGUAAAAAGGACAUUGAAAAUGUGAUCUGAGGUCAAUUUUAUAUGCCAGCUAAUUUGUUUUGAGAAGUAUGGGAUAUGGAGAUAUUUGCCAUUUGCUGCUUUUUAUGACGAGCGCAAAUAGGAGGCAGCUAGGCCCACAUUGUCUUAAAGGGAUAGUUUAUAAAAACUGAAAAUUCUGUCAUCAUUCUUGUCAUGUGAGAAGAUGUUUUUAAAAAUGUUAAUAGAACAAACGCCAGAUGAGUUCAGAGUUGUUUUGGACCCCACUGACUUCCAUUAAAAACUGCUAAAACAUUCAUUAAAAUGUCUUUGGGUGAUCUAACCCUUUAAGCAGAAAUUUGCGUGAUCCUUUUAGUCCAAUAUCAGCGAUGUUGCUUUUGCUGUGUUAUGACACUUUUUUUUUUUUUUUUGUUAUGCUGUUUUUUUAGAUGUUUCAGUCUAAAUGAAAUAGUUUGCCUUAUUAAUACCCAUCUCUACUGUGUGUUUAACAGAAUAACUGCUGAAAAUUGACUUGAUGCAUUCUCAUAUUUUUUUGCUUGGGGAAAUGCAGCUUUCGAUUUUACGGCAUGAUUUUACUUUACAAAAAUAUGAAAAGAUAGACAGGAAGGAACCAUGAAUAAAUCUAGAUUGAAUCAUACUGCAAGAGGUCGUGUGUGUGUUUACUGAGAUGUGUUAAAAUAAAUGAUGCAUAACCUGUGUUGGAUCUCUUAAAUAUUCAGGCCUCUAAU